AUGCCGGCCGCCGAACCCCCCGUGCCUACUGAGUCCGGUCUCAUCAAGAUGGAAGACCGGAAGAGGCCCGCCGCGGACCAUAAUGAUUCGGCCCCUCCGUUAAAGAAGCAGGCCACCACCUCGAAUGGGAGCAGCAAACCGCACCCCGAUGCGGACAUGCCGUGGAAGGAUGACCUCGAGCGAUUUCAAAAAGAUGCGAUCUUGCGACAGAUGCAGGAAUUCAAGCGGGAGAAGCAGUCACUGGAGUCGCGUUUGAGUGAAAUGUUGAAAGCUGCCACGAAUCAUGACGGUCACCUGCGCGUUAUUGAUGCUUGGUUCAAUCAGUUGAUUGAUGAAAUGAAAGUGUUACUGGGAUCCGAGGCGGUUGCCAAAGAAUCAUCGUUCAAGAGCUCCUUGCAAUUUGAAGAUGUAGAAGGAUUCGAGGCGCAUUUGAAAACAAGAUCCGACGAUAUCCGCGAAAUUAUUACUCAUCUUCAGUCAAAGGCGGCCGAUGUGUCUCCUGAAGUGACGGAGCUACAAACCCAAUUGGCAAAGAAACUCGCCGAAGAAAAAGUCACCAUCGCCAAUUUGGAAAAGACCCUAGCAGAAAAGCAACAGCUUGAAGAAAGCCUGGAGGCAGCCUCCCUACGGUACAUGGUCGCUGAAAAGAAACUCGAUCGCGCAAAGAGCGUUACUGUUGCCAAACUCGAGAAACAAUACAUCCUUGGAGGUGCUCGGCCAAGUUCUGAAGGUGCCCAGGGCAAGCGCGAGGAAUCGUCUCCUGCAAACAGCGGGACACCCGUGGGAGACCGCAGUGCUGAAUUGGAAGAAACCAAUGCCAGGCUUUCCGUUAUUUCGGAAAAGCAGAAAGAGCAACUUCAGAAACUUGAGGCGGAGAACGCUAAUUUGCUCGCUCAAGUUAACGAGCAGAGGAUUAAGUACUCGAAACUUACGAACGACGAUUACGCCCAUACCGAUCUCUUCAAACAAAUCCGAUCGCAAUACGAUGAUGUGGUGAAGCGCAUCAAUCAUCUGGAAGCGACAAAUGGCCAACUGCGCGAGGAGACCGAGAAGUACCGUUCCGAAAGGACUGCAUACAAGCUCGAAGUUGAGGAAGAAUCGAAGAGCGCCAUCGCCGAGAAGGAAGCUCAGCUGAUGAGAGCCGAGACCGAUUUGGCUCGGAUACGGAAUGCCCGCGAUGAACUUUUGGCCGAUCAGCAGAUGCGCAAAGCGGCACAAGACCAAGAGAAAGCGACUAGCGUUAAGCUCCAAGAGCUAGCGGAUGCUCGUGAGGCUCGUAUCACGGCUUUGGAAUCGGAGAUCGAAAGGCUGCGCCUACAGAUUGACGGGGCCAAAGCCGCAGAGAAUGUGGCCGAUAUGCCGGUGGAGGAGCUCCGCUCCAAGUACACCAAUUUGGAGCGCCAAUAUUCUAUGCUUAAUACCGAGUUGACGUCCAUGCAAACGGCCUAUAAGAAGUUUUCUACUCUGGCAUCUCAAAAGGUUACCGACUUUGGGGUCCUAGAGGAGAAGGUGAACCGCCUGAAAGCCGAGAAGUCUAAAGCCGACCAAAAAUAUUUCGCUGCGAUGAAGAGCAAGGAGGCUCGUGAGGUCGAGGUUCGUACACUUCGAAUGCAGAAUUCGAAAACCUCGGACAUUGUUUCGCAGCUGAAGGAGUCGGAGUCCGUGGCACGGUCUCUAGUGUCCAAUAUGGAGAAACAAGUCAGCGAGACCAAAGAAGCCCUCAAUUCAGCACUCGACCGGCACCGGGCUACCCAGCAACAGCUCACCGAGAGGGAUAUCAUGGCAGAAGGGUUGAGGAAUCAAAUCACUGAAUUGAAGUCUCUCUCGACCUCGAAAGACUCGACGUUGGGGAGUACUUCCUCCGCCCUGCGAGAAGCCGAGACCGAAGUCGCGGGUCUCAAGCAAUCGCUCUCGGACACCAAGAAAAGCCUGGACAACUGGAAGAAUAGGAGUCUGGGGAACAAUUCUUCGGAGUACGAAAUGCUGCGAAAAAUUGCUCUCUGUGGGGUUUGCAGCACGAACUGGAAGGAUACAGUGCUCAAGACCUGCGGCCAUGUCUUGUGCAAGUCCUGUGUGGAAGAACGGCUGACCUCGCGCUCACGCAAAUGUCCCCACUGCGCCAAAUCAUUCGGAAGUAACGACCACAUGCGCGUUACCCUCUGA